AAUUUUUCUCUCCUAUCGGCGGACGAGAGAGGAGGCGGUGUCCCGGGCUGGCAACACUGGACGGAGCUCGGUCGCAUUUACUCCGUACAAAGCAUCGGAGUUGUGUUGGGGAUCCGCGCUGUGUGACGUAGUAAGAGAUGAAGGACAAAGAGGUUCGUGAAGAGGCUGAGAGCGUCCAGCUUAUGAUCAAUGACUCGCCUUAUACGGUGGAUGCCACUCUAUCCCCAACAACGAAACUGGUGGACUUUCUGCGAGCCACAGCUGGACUGACGGGCACGAAGGCACUCUGUCGGGAAGGAGGCUGCGGUGCCUGUACAGUCGUGGCCACAGUGCCUGACCCAGAGAGCGAGGGAGGGACCAAGACCUUUAGCAUUCAGGCUUGUCAGCAACUUGUGUAUGCAUGCAACGGCUGGAGCAUAGAGACAGUGGAACACCUUGGAGAUCGGUACAAUGGUUACCACCCUAUACAGCAGUCCUUGGCAGGCUUCUAUGGGACCCAGUGUGGUUAUUGUUCUCCGGGAAUGGUCAUGACUAUGUAUGGGCAACAAAAAUCGUCAGGAGCCCUAACUGCAUCUCAGGUGGAAAAGGCCCUCGACGGAAACCUCUGCAGGUGCACUGGGUACCGUCCGGUUAUUGAGGCUUUUAAGGCGUUGGCUGAUGAUGGAGCCAAGGCACUCAAAAACAAGCUGGUUGAUAUUGAGGAUGCAUUUAAGACCACAUGCCCAAAGACUGGGAAACGUUGCACGGGAAGUUGCAGCCCAAAAGGGACAGCAACCGUCCCUGCGAGAGAGAGGGAGAUCACAGUGCAAGGAGUCAGGUGGUUUUACCCAACGAGUCUCUUGAGCGUGUACAGCAUCUUGGACCAGCUCACCGAGGGGGAGAAAGUGCGUGUCGUUGGGGGCAACACAGGGCAAGGUGUGUACAAAAAUGACGGUCCCUUUGAUGUGUACAUUGAUACUCGCAAUGUACCGGAAUUCCAUACGGUAGAGGAGAUCUCUGGUGAAGUCACCCUGGGGGCUAAUGUGAGCUUGGGGAGAGCGAUCGAGGUGUUCGAACAGGCCGCAGGUAACCCGGGAUUCCAGCACCUACAGGAGCUCGCCAAACACUGGGGCGUCGUGGCCAAUGUUGCCGUGAGAAAUAUUGGCUCCAUUGCCGGGAACCUGAUGAUGAAACACGCGCAUCCAGAUUUCCCCUCGGACAUAUUUCUGACACUUCUGGCGGCCGAUGCACAGCUUGCAAUAGGGAACUCCCAAGAUGCCUCGGUUGCAUACGUCUCGCUGGAGGAUUUCUUGCUGACGGAUAUGCAGAAGAAAGUGGUCGUGGCCGUGAAGUUGCUGUCUUUGGCUGCCGACACCCGGAUUAGAACCUUCAAAAUCACCCCGCGUGCAGUCAACGCGCACGCCUAUGUGAACGCAGCCUUCCGGUUCCAAGUUGACGAAAACGACGGCUUUCUAGUCAAGUCGAAACCUUUAGUGCUGUAUGGCGGGAUUAAUCCAAAUUUCAUUCACGCAGCCAAUACUGAGGAAUUUCUCAAUGGCCGUCGCCUCACAGAACAAGGCUUGCUGACAGAAGCGGCAGGGAUUCUAGCCACAGAGGUUCUCCCAGAUUCCUUGCCUCAGGAUUCCUCACCAGCGUAUCGGCUGUCCCUUACACAGAGUUUGCUUUAUAAGGCUGUCAUAAGCAUAGUAGGAAGUGAAGCAUCAUUGCAGAACCAAAGUGCAGCUACUGUGAUUGAGCGGCCGGUCUCUUCUUCAAAGCAGACCUUUGACGAGAACCCGGAGAUGUGGCCCGUCGGGAAGCCAAUCCCCAAAGUGGAAAGCAUUAUGCAGGUGGCAGGAGAGGCUACCUUUACUAAUGAUGAACCUACACAGCCCCACGAACUUCACGGCGUUUUCAUUCAGUCAUCUGUUGGUUCAGCUGAUAUUGUGUCCAUUGAUACAUCCGAGGCACUUAACUUACCUGGAGUGGUGGCAGUAGUUACAGCUGCAGACAUACCAGGUGUUAAUGACUUUGCUGCAGAAGCUGGUACAGAGGUAGAGGAAGUUUUUGCAAGCGGUAAGGUCUUAUAUGCAGGGCAGGGCAUUGGUUUAGUCAUCGCCGAGAGCCACGAAGUCGCAAGUCAGGCUUCAGCGAAGGUCAAGGUUGAGUAUGCAAACACCCAGACGCCCAUCCUGACCAUUAAGGAUGCACUGGAUAAUGGGAAUGUGCAACCAGACUACAAUCUCGUCACGGGGAAGAGGGAAGCUGUGAGAGUAGGUGAUGUCGAAGCUGGUUUCAAAGCAGCGCCACACGUCAUUGAGGGAGAAUUCGACAUGGGUUUCCAAUUCCACUUCCCGCUUGAACCCUUGGCUGCCCGCGUAACACCCAUAGAAGAUGGAUAUGACGUCGUGGUGACAUCCAUUUGGCCAGCCGAGGUGCAGUCAUCAAUUGCACAGGUCCUUGGGAUUGAUGCCAAUAGCAUCAACACCGCAGUGAGGCGCGUGGGAGGUUCGUUCGGGGGGAAGAUCAGCCGCGCCCACGUGGUUAGCACGGCCGCUGCUGUUGGGGCCUGGAAAACCCACCGCCCCGUGAGGGUUGCGCUCGACCUCAGGGCGUUCAUCACACUCGUGGGCGGGCGAGACCCCUUCUACUCCAAGUACAAGGUUGGCUUUGAUGACUUCGGCAAACUAGAGUCCGUUGACAUAGACAUUGUAUCUGAUUCGGGCUGCUCUGCCAACGAAGCUUCUGCUGGUCUUGGCGCGGCUUUUGUUAGCAAUGCUUAUUACUCUCCGAACUGGCUCCUCAAACCCUUCGUCGUUACAACUAACACGCCCUCAAACACGUUCAUGAGGUCACCAGGUAUUUUCCAAGGCAUAGUGACAAUAGAGAGUAUCAUGGACCACAUAGCCCAUUACCUGGGACGAGACCCGCUGCAGGUGAGGGAGGUGAACCUAGCUCCCGCGGGGGCUGAGCGACCGUCCGCUGAUCCGAUUGUGAAAAACGUGUUCCAGGAAGACAUCCUUCCCUUGCUGAAGGAGAGCGCGGAGUAUGAACUGAGGCUGGCAGAGGUGGAUGCUUUUAAUCAGGCUAACAGAUGGCGCAAGAAGGGUAUCGCCAUCAUGCCCAUGUGCUUCAACCUUGGUUAUCCCGACUUCCGUUUCGGCGUGUUGGUUAACAUUUACAGCCAUGACGGAAGCGUUUCCAUUGCGCACGGUGGCAUCGAAAUGGGACAGGGACUGAAUACAAAGGCUGUCCAAGUAGCGUCGUACAUCCUGGGAGUGCCAGUGGCCAAGAUAAAGGUCAAGGCGACUAGCACAACCACCAAUGCCAAUUCGUCCCACCAGGGUGCCACCGUCUGCUCGGAUAUUGUGCUCUUGGGCGUCAAGAGGGCUUGUGAAAACCUCCGGGCAAGGCUGGAUUCCGCGAGAGGGAAGCUCAGUGAGGCAGGCGGAGGAGACGUCAGCUGGGCCGAGCUGGUCAGGAUUUGCAAGAGUUCUGAUGUCGAUCUCAGCGAGAGAAUUUGGACUAAGACCACUGAGUACCCUGACGCCUACGACAUAUGGGGAGGAGCUUGUGCAGAGGUAGAGGUUGAUGUUCUCACGGGACAGUACCUAAUACGUCGAGUAGACCUUAUAGAAGACUGUGGCAAAAGUCUGAGUCCCUACAUAGACAUUGGUCAAAUUGAGGGGGGUUUUGUCAUGGGGUUAGGUUUCUGCACCUCGGAGAAGGUUAAAUUCAACGCGGAAACAGGAGAAAAGUUGUCCAAUGGAACGUGGGAGUACAAACCACCGUCAGCCUUAGACAUCCCGGUUGAUUUGCGGGUGACUAUCCUUCCCAACUCUUCCAACACGAGUGGAGUGCUGCGGGCUAAGGCUACGGGAGAACCACCCUUGAAUUUGGCCUUUGCUGUGGUGAUGGCUUUGCGGAAGGCCAUCAGUGCAGCUCGUGCGCACCGCUCGAGGGUUGAAUGGUUUAAGAUUGACACGCCCCUAACAGUGGAGCAGAUACAGCAGCUUUGCCUGGUGGACCCUCAAGACUUCUCUGUUUAGGCUGCGUUCUCUGUUACUCUUACCAGCAUGCAUGUCACGGUGGGAGGAUAGUACUAAUGGACCAAAAAAUAGCUGAGGAAAAUGGGGAAAAUCAACUUCAAUAUUUGAUGAUUUUAAGAAUGAAAUAGGCAACAUAGAAUACACACAUGGUUUUAGGUGAUAUUUGUAAAAUCUAUAAGAGGAACAAGGAAUUGCUAUAGACUAGUGUUUAUUCUUAUUUAUUGAUUUAGAAUGGCAUUUUGGCGACUCAGAAGGGGAUUAUUACAGGAUACCUUAAUUUUUUCUAGAAUAACUGAAAUGAUAUAGAAUUAUAUAAUAGUACAAGAAAAUAAUGACGAUGAGAAAAGGAAUGAUAUUAUAAAUGAUAAGAACAAGAAAUAGGAAAGUUUUAGAAACAUAAUAUUGCUAAUAGUUAACUUGCUAGUUGAAAUUAAAGCUGAUUCUGCUAUUAAAUGGAAACAGAUGGACCAAGAAUUAUGCGUUUACAUAACAUUAAAAAAAUAUUCAAUAAAAGAAUAUUUUGAGUGAUUGAUAAAAAUAAUUCAUAUGGUUUAUAGAAUUUUAAACUGAUAUUACAUUAAUGUAAAAUGCCAAACGUAAAAUUUGUAUGAUUUUAUAAAGGAAUAAAUUUUCAAGUGGUU